CAAAUCAAAUCGUACAGAUCAGAAGAUCCACAGGUUGAAACUUCAAAUGUUCUUUCUCCCCAACUAAGCCAAAUCUAACCUGAAAGAGAAAAAAUAGAAUAAAAAACCCUAACCCUAGUUAAUUCUUUCACCUCCAAAGAAAAAAAAAAUUCAUUUCAUCAUCAAAACAAGCCAAGGAUUUGAACAUUUUACACAAACAAGCAAGAGCAAAGGACUGAAAAGAAAAUGCUAUAAUCAUUUUGAUUGGCAUUACAGCAAGAGAGAGAGAGAGAGAGAGAGAGAGAGAGAGAGGGAAAGAGAGAAUUGAGCAAAAAACAAAAAACAAAAAAGAGCUUUACUGUGCUGAUCUAGAUUUUAUCAUCAAUGGUUUUCAGUCUUGUGGAACCAGAGAUCCGACCUUUCUCCUGUAACAUCUUCAAAAUCCAAAUUCAACCCGGAUUUCCUCAUUCGAUCCUCAACAAAACCAUAUGCUCAAAAGUCAAUCUUUGAAUCCAAUUUUACCACAAUUUUUGAAGACCCUUAAAACACUAUUGUUAUGGGAGCUGAAAGGAAAUGGUUUUUCAGUCUUCUUUCCCUUACAUUUCUCUCCGUUCUCCUCCUCGUACUUUACUCGAUCUCACCUUUCAGCUCCCCUAGACCUUUCCCUUCACUGGUCCAACUCGGCCUUCCAUAUCCACCAGCUUUUGGGUAUUAUAUAUUUGGUGGAAAAGGCGAUAAAGAUCGGAUCUUUAGGCUACUCCUUGCUGUCUAUCACCCCAGGAAUCGUUAUGUAUUGCAUCUUGGAGCUGAUGCCACUGAUGGCGAACGGUAUAGUUUGGUUGUGGCUUUGAAAUCUGUGCCUGCUAUUAGGAGCUUUUCAAAUGUAGAUGUUAUAGGGAACCCUGAUCGGUUUUCGUAUAUGGGUUCUUCGUAUAUUGCUUCCACUUUGCACGCUGCCGCUAUUUUGAUGAAGGUUGAUCCUGGCUGGGAUUGGUUUAUUGCUUUGAGUGCUUUGGAUUAUCCCUUGCUUACUCAAGACGAUUUGUCCCAUGUGUUUUCAUCUGUUAGGAGGGACCUCAAUUUUAUUGAUCAUAACAAUGACCUUGGGUGGAAAGAAGAUCAACGGUUUCGGCCUAUUGUUGUUGACCCGGGGCUUUACCUAGCAAGGAGGACCAAAAUUUUUUAUGCUACAGAGAAACGGGCAAUGCCUGAUGCUUUUAAAAUAUUCACAGGUUCGCCGUGGGUUGUGUUAAGCAGAUCCUUUCUGGAAUUUUGCAUCUUUGGGUGGGAUAAUCUACCCCGGACACUUCUGAUGUAUUUCAACAAUGUUAUGUUAUCUGAAGAAAGCUAUUUUCAUACCGUCAUUUGCAAUUCACCAGAGUUAAAGAACACUACUGUAAACAGUGAUUUAAGAUAUAUGAUCUGGGACAAUCCUCCAAAGAUGGAACCCCACUUUCUCAACAUUUCUGAUUAUGAUCAAAUGGCUCAAAGUGGAGCGGCAUUUGCAAGAAUGUUUAAAGAAGAUGAUCCUGUGUUGGACAUGGUAGAUGAAAAGAUCCUCAAGCGCAAGCGAAACCAAGCUGCCCCAGGGGCAUGGUGCACUGGCCGAAAGAGCUGGUGGAGUGAUACUUGCUCACAGUGGGGUGAUGUAAAUGUCUUGAAACCCGGACCUCAAGCGAAGAAGUUUGCAGAAACCAUAACGAACCUUCUUGAUGACUGGAAUUCACAGUCCAAUCAGUGCAGGUUAAGCAGGUGAAUAUUACAUUACAUAGACUCACUGCAUUGACCUUGGUUCAAAAGAUAGAUACAUUCUUUUGGUCUGUAUGUCUAUUUUUCUGGGGGGUUUCCUCUGAAACACGGUUGAGAGAGAAACAAGUGAUUUCAUUUGAGGUUUUGGUCCACAAUGUUGGCUUCCAUUAUUUUAAUGGUGAAAAGCCACCCAGAAGUCAUUGUUAGGAGGACUUUCCUCUUUGAGCUGCCAUUUGCAUGCUGUUGUAAGGUCUACCCCCUCCUUUCAUUUGGCUGGCUGAUGUUAGAAAGACAAAUUCUUUAAUUAAAAUCUCUUCUCUGCC